UCAUUUCCUUCAAAAUAAAAAAAAUCAAAAUGAAAAUCUAACCUUGAUUUUUUUUCUUUUCUCGCUCACUCACCUUCUCUCGGUGGCCUUUGGAUAUCUGAUUGGCAAAAUCUUCUCUUCUCUCUCUAAUUCGCUCUCCUUUUGGAUCUAUCUUUGAUAAAUUUUCUCACCUUUUCUUGCUUUCCAAACAGAAAGAAAAAAAAAGUGGAAAAUAAAUAAUGGUUUACAGUGCAUCUGGUUUACGGUUACCUUGUGUUCCUUCAGUCUACAGGUUCUGUCAGUCAAGCUUCAAUGGCGCUCGUAGGACUAGCAGUUUCUCUCUUUUGUUGAAGAAUGAUCAAUUUUCUCGGAAGAUCUUUGCGCAAAAGUCUUCUUAUGAUUCAGACUCCUCAUACUUAACUGUUGCUGCAUCCAAGAAAGUACUUGUUCCCGGUGGUCAGGGUGAUGCUUCUUCAUCCUUGACAGAUCAAUUGGAAGGUCCUAGCACUAUUUCAGAUGAUCCAAAGGUAAUUCAUGAUGUAGAUAGUGAAGAAAUGAAAGAUAAUGAGAAGGUUGAGGUUGAGGAACAAGAAUCUGUUCCAUAUGCCCUUGCAAAUAAUGAUGAAGAAUUUCAUGCUAAGGAGCCACCUAUCCCUUUACAUAGGAAAGUAAGUACUGCUAAAAGUGAAGCAAAACCAAGAUCCAUUCCCCCUCCUGGUGCAGGAAAGAGAAUAUAUGAAAUAGAUCCAACGUUGUUGGGUUUCCGUGAACAUAUUGAUUACCGGUAUGCACGAUACAAAAGAAUGCGUGAGGAAAUUGACAAGUAUGAAGGUGGUUUGGAGGCAUUUUCUCGUGGCUAUGAGAAGUUUGGCUUCACACACAGCGAGAAAGGAAUAACUUAUAGAGAGUGGGCACCGGGAGCUAAGUCAGCAGCACUGAUUGGAGAUUUUAACAAUUGGAACCCUAAUGCAGAUAUUAUGACCCGGAAUGAGUUUGGUAUCUGGGAGAUCUUUUUGCCUAAUAAUGUUGAUGGUUCACCACCAAUUCUGCAUGGUUCUCGAGUGAAGAUUCAUAUGGAAACUCCAUCUGGGAUUAAGGACUCCAUUCCUGCAUGGAUCAAGUUCUCUGUUCAAGCACCUGGUGAAAUCCCAUACAAUGGAAUAUACUAUGAUCCACCAGAAGAGGAAAAGUAUGUAUUCAAACACCGCCAACCAAAAAGACCAAAAUCUCUUAGAAUUUAUGAGUCACAUGUUGGAAUGAGUAGCAUGGAGCCAAUAAUUAACACGUAUGCCAACUUUAGAGAUGAUGUUCUUCCCCGCAUAAAAAGACUUGGAUAUAAUGCUGUUCAGAUCAUGGCUAUUCAAGAGCACUCAUAUUAUGCAAGCUUUGGGUAUCAUGUGACCAAUUUCUUUGCACCAAGCAGCCGCUUUGGAACCCCUGAUGAUCUUAAGUCACUGAUAGAUAGGGCUCAUGAGUUGGGUCUACUUGUUCUUAUGGAUAUUGUGCACAGCCAUGCAUCUAAUAAUGUGUUAGAUGGAUUGAACAUGUUUGAUGGAACUGAUGCUCAUUACUUCCACUCGGGGUCAAAGGGUCACCACUGGAUGUGGGACUCUCGCCUUUUUAACUAUGGAAGCUGGGAAGUGCUAAGGUUUCUUCUUUCAAAUGCAAGAUGGUGGCUGGAAGAAUAUAAGUUUGAUGGGUUUAGAUUUGAUGGUGUGACUUCAAUGAUGUAUACCCAUCAUGGGUUGCAGGUAACAUUUACUGGAAAUUACAAUGAGUACUUCGGAUAUGCAACUGAUGUAGAUGCUGUUGUUUACCUGAUGCUGGUUAAUGAUAUGAUUCAUGGGCUCUAUCCUGAGGCUGUUACCAUUGGUGAAGAUGUGAGUGGAAUGCCAACAUUCUGCCUUCCUGUCCAAGAUGGUGGUGUGGGAUUUGAUUACCGUCUGCAAAUGGCCAUUGCUGAUAAAUGGAUCGAGCUUCUCAAGAAGAGGGAUGAAGACUGGAAAAUUGGGGAUAUUAUUCACACGCUUACCAAUAGGAGGUGGUUGGAAAAGUGUGUGGCUUAUGCUGAAAGUCAUGACCAAGCUCUAGUUGGUGACAAAACAAUAGCCUUCUGGUUGAUGGAUAAGGAUAUGUAUGAAUUUAUGGCUCUAGAUAGACCUAGUACUGCACUUAUAGAUCGUGGGAUAGCAUUACACAAAAUGAUUAGGCUUAUCACCAUGGGACUAGGUGGAGAAGGAUAUUUGAAUUUCAUGGGAAAUGAAUUUGGACAUCCUGAGUGGAUUGAUUUUCCAAGGGGUGAUCAGUGUCUUCCUAAUGGCAUGGUAAUUCCAGGGAAUGGUAACAGUUAUGAUAAAUGUCGACGCAGGUUUGAUCUUGGGGAUGCAGACUAUCUGAGGUAUCGUGGGAUGCAGGAAUUUGAUCAGGCAAUGCAGCAUCUCGAAGCAAAGUAUGGUUUCAUGACUUCUGAGCACCAAUAUAUAUCACGGAAGAAUGAAGGAGAUAGGAUGAUUGUCUUUGAAAGAGGCAACCUGGUUUUCGUGUUCAACUUUCACUGGAAUAAAAGCUAUUUUGACUACCGAGUGGGCUGCUUAAAGCCAGGAAAGUACAAGAUUGUAUUGGAUUCAGAUGAUCCAUUAUUUGGAGGCUUCAAUAGGCUUGACCAUAAUGCCGAGUACUUCAGCGCUGAGGGAUGGUAUGAUGACCGGCCUCGUUCCUUCUUGGUGUAUGCACCAAGUAGAACAGCAGUUGUUUAUGCACUAGUAGAAGAUGAAUCCAAACCAGUUGGCAAAUCAGAACCUGUGGAAAAUUUUGAAACCGUUGAAGAAGCAGAACCUGUGGAAGAAUCAGAACCUUUAGACUGCUAAACUUUUCUCUAUCACAGAAUCUCGUGAUAUUGGAGUGGCUUAAAAUUGUCUUCUGGAGUGGCCGCCCCCACUUGAUACGGUAUUUUUGGUUUACAAACUACACAAUAUAUAAUUCCAUCAUGGCGAGUUUCACUGCCCUGGAGAUGAACCUAUCACCGAUAAAACCUCCGAUACUGAUGCCCGGGCAUAUCAAGCAAAAUCCGGAGCUGUAGAAGGUAAUUCUUUCAUGAGCAAUAAAGCCAAUUUUCUAUCAAAACAAUAUUUCCGUGGCUUCUGUAAAUGUUUCGCGCUCUGUUAUCUUUCAAGCUAUAUAAAGUGCUGAUGUCGGUUAAACAUGCCAUUUACAUCAAUGUGAGGUUUCCCCCGAAUUCGUACAA